AUGGCUACUGACUGGCAACCCGAGUGCCUCGUCACUCAGAACCAGCCAUCACUGGAUCCGGUGGGAGCUCAUUCUGAUCGAGCUCUGCAGAAUACUUCUGGCAACGUCCAGUCUUAUUCAGAGCAUUUGACACAUGGUGAUAUCGCUGCCCGUGAGGAACAGCUUCAGCAUCUUGGCUUCAAGUAUUCCCAUGCCCCUCACCAGCCUCAGUCGUUGGCAGCAUCCAACUUGCAUCAGCAGCAUGUAGCUGCUCGACUUCAUGCCCGCAAGCUUCGUCGGCUUCAUUCGGUUGGGCCCAACUCUCAAUCGCGACGUGCACGAAGCAGCUACCUCAAAUCCCAGAAGUACUUGGAGUAUCGGGCUCGGCCUCGACGUGAUACUGGAAAGGACGGAGAGCCUGUGUGGUCUGAUGAGUUGGAAGAUGCUUUCCAGCAGGCCCUCGAAGCAAACCCUCCUAUGGGUCGGAGAAAGUGGUCCGAACGGGGCAAAUCAUAUGGACGCAAUGAGCUGAUUGCAGAGUACAUCUUCAAGUUGACUGGCAAGCGGAGAACCCGCAAGCAGGUCUCCAGCCAUCUGCAGGUUCUUGACUCUUUCCUCAAGGGGGAUCCCGAUUGGGAGCGCCUUGUCCGAGAGACUUCACCCGAACGCUCGUCCAGCGUGCAUGGAUCAGCACCGGCUCCCAAGUGGAGAACUUCAAUGGAGCACCCUUCAGCCUCCAGCCACUACAACAGUCAUGCUCACCCCCUGUAUCAUGACCACAUGAGGUCCAUGCAGCCUUAUGCGGGGGACCUGCCACCCCCACACUAUACCCUUGGCUCCAACAUGCAGGAGGCCGGCAGCAACAUUCAUGGCUUCAGCUUUGAUAUGUGGGUGAGCGCCCCUCAGCAGGCCAACCGCAUCGACAAGGCACUGCAUGCAUAUACUCGGCUGCAAGGUGAUCUCCACCACCCAAUUGCACCACCUAUGCCUCUAGAGCACGUGAAUGGAUGGCGGACAUCUUUCCCCCACUUGGCCACGAUGGUGGACGACAUCCACAACCCUCUGGAUUGCGAUAUCAUUCUUCUCGAAGUCAACCUUGAGUUGAUGACUGAUUUCCCGCCUGCAGGAUCACGGCUGGGUAUUCAGCUCGACCUUGACUACGGCCACCCUACUGCCGGCGACGUCUUGGGCGUCAGCCAGAUGGAAAACUGGACCUGCAGCACGAAUAUCUACAAGGAUGGCCAGGAGCUACUGGAGACCUACCACGACCUACCCAAGACUCAGUCCACCAAGGUCAAGCCUCUCUUUGAAUCCUCUUGGUGGGCCAAGUUGUUCACUCAGGUGACCCAAGAGAAGCGCAUCGCCGAGGACUCAGGCCAGCCUCAGGCCGUUCAAGACGCUGACGACCAUACCCGUCAGUUCUUCCGCUCCUUGUCUGCAGUACAGGAGCUACGUGCCACUCCUCCCAGCUCUCGCCGGCUCUCCAGCCAAUACCAAAGCCACCACGGCGAUGAGAGCAAGCGCAUGGCCGUUCUCGCCUGGAAGUUCCGUCAGACCCGCCCCGGCGAAGUUGGCACAACCACUUGGCGACGCCUAAUCCCGGCACCGGACCGCACUACGACCAAUAGCCCCCGGCCGGCCUCCGGUGUCGGUCUUCCUCCGCUCUCUCUCAAUUCCAUCCUUCUCAACAAGCCCUCCCACCAGGGUGUAUACCAGGCUCCUCAACCUCAGGACCUCAUCCACCACCAGCCCCAGUCUCAGUCACAAUGGCCCAUGUACCAUUCCUCCCACGAUAACGUGGCCAAUCUCUUUAAUACUUCCGGCCCUCUCGACUUCCUCACAUCCAUCACCAAACCCGAAGACGGCCUCAAUGACAAAACCGCCUCCACCUCCGUGCUGGACUCCUUCUCCACCAGUCUGGCCCCAGACAACAUCCCGUCGACCAGCCUCCACGGCUCCAACGCACCCGUCAUGAUGAACGUGCAUGACCUCCCGCUCUCGCACCCCAGCAUGGGUUACCCCAUGAGCCACGAAGCAUCCCACUACGUGCCUUCUCAGCAGCACGGCGUGCACAUGCAUGACAACAACGUGCUUAACGGGUUCUUCGGUUCCAACACACAGCCUCUCGACGAUCUUAGCCACGGCCAUGCCUGGGGUGCACACUCCACCUCGAUGCCCGGAGACGUCGGAGCCGGCAGUUACCACCUCCCUUACCAGACGGAGCAUGGGUCUGUCUCCCGCGAGCAGCAACCACACCACUUUGACAGUCUCUUGCCGUCGGAGGACCUUAUGGAUAAGAUCGUCGGGCGGAUGUCCAAUGGUCCUAACAUGCAUGGGGCGGGCCCUGAUGCGAGUGGAGGUUACGACAACUCAUCGGUGGAUGUAUAA